AUGCAUUUUAUUCCGUUCGUUUAUCAGGCCUCUUUUUUUUCCAUAGUUAAUGCGGUAGGGUCCGUGUCUGCUUGGUAUUUGACGCGGCGCCGCAUGAUGCUCUUUACUGGGGCGUUUAACACCACUGUGGCCGCCGUGGCUGUCUACGCCUACCCAUUUGAUCCUACCCUUUCCAACGCGUACGUGUCUAUUGCCGCGACUUGUGCCUUCACGCAAUUUAUUCUUCAUGGCCUUCGCACAAAGGCCUUAAUGGCAUCCACUCCGCUGGUGGGUGUUUACUAUCUUUGGUGCCUCUCGCUUCUUGUCUACGGUGUGCAGCGAGGCAGGUGGGCGUACAUCCUCCGUGAUGACUGA